UGCUCCGUUAAUUAAUAUAUAAUUGCAACUAAUAGCCGAACAAAUUGAUUUAUUUGCUACAAACUGUGAAUAAUUACUUUCACAGAGAUCUUUAUUUUACUUGAGCAAUCAUUCUAUUGUUGCGGUUUGCUCCGGUAAAAUGAUAAUAAUCGUUGCAAGUAUUUUAUUAAUAAUGCAAGUAACAUGGGUUUCCAACAACCAGACGAGUUGUGACGAGAGAGGCCCUUUAUGUGGAAACGAUGGUAAUACUUAUGCUAACAUGUGUGAGCUUAUAUGGGCAAGAAUUAACGAUCCAGACCUUCAAAUACUACAUGAUGGUACCUGUACCGGCCAAGGAGUAACAGGCGACGCCUCCCAAAACGAAGUUAAAUUGGUAAUGGCAUUAAAAUCUAAUAUGCCUGCAAAGGAAGACUACAAGAAGAUUAAGGAAGUAAUGCCUCCUGGAUGGCCUCCUUUUGGCCUAGUGCCAUUAGAAGUAGAGAAAUAAAACGAUGUAAAAAUAAAUAAAUCU